CUUCAGACUGGUAGGGAAGCGAGACUGCUUGCCUUGCCGUCUCUCUCUGCGGGCGGACGGCGAUGGAGAGCCCGUCCUCGGCGUCGGCGGCGUCGCAGGUGGACUUCUACGGCUUCCUCGACCGGAUGCGCCGCCCCGCCGCCGCCGGCCUCUUCCGCUCCAUCAAGAGCUUCCUCACGCUCGACGACCCCAGCGCCGAGGCGGACGGCGCCAGGGUCCAGGCCUUCUACGCGGCGAUGGAGGCGGCCUUCAGGGAGCACCCCCUCUGGGCCAAUGCCACCCACCAGGAAAUCGACCACGCGCUCGAGGGCCUCGAGAAGUACAUCAUGACCAAGCUCUUCGACCGCACCUUCGGGGCGUCACCGGAGGAUGCCGCCGCCGAUGCGGAGGUCUCGGAGAGGAUCGGCCUCCUGCAGCGGUUCGUGAGGCCUGAGCACCUGGACAUACCGAAGGUCCUGCACAACGAGGCCUCGUGGCUGCUUGCAGUUAAAGAGUUACAGAAGAUCAAUUCCUUCAAAUCGCCACGGGAUAAGCUUCUAUGUGUUAUGAGCUGUUGCCAAGUCAUCAACAACUUGCUGCUAAACGUGUCGAUGUCAAAUGACCGAACACCAUCUGGGGCUGAUGAGUUUCUUCCCAUUCUCAUUUAUAUUACUAUAAAGGCCAAUCCUCCUCAUCUGCACUCAAAUCUGAAGUUCGUUCAGCUUUUUAGAAGAGAAACGAAGCUUGUUUCUGAAGUGGAAUACUAUCUCACAAACCUCAUUUCAGCAAAGAUGUUUAUAGUUAAUGUUGAUGGCCGCUCGCUAUCCAUGGAAGAGAAUGAGUUUCAGAUGCAUAUGGAAACUGCAAAACUAGGUACUCAAAUAUGUGCUGCAAGCCUCAGUAGUCCGCAGGGGUCGGCUACAUCUACGAGGGGACUACAAAAGCAAACUGAUACAGAAGGUUCCAGAUUCCCUUUCAUGGACUCGGAAACAGAAAGUUUGACUGCAGCAGAACUCAAGCAGAUGCAUAGGCUCUACAGGCAAGUAGUCACCAGAUACACAUCGCUGUCUAAAGCUUUAAGGAAGUUAUCCAUAGACGAGGAUCAACUCCGUGCAUCAGUAGAUGAUGAUUCCUGAGCUGAUGCGAAGAUGCUGGCCAGAGACGGUAUUGGUUCAUUUACAAAACUACCUCCAUAUCCACGCCACUCACACCCGUGUGAUGGUGUAAAACACGUGUACAAAAUUUUCCAUCAGCUGGAAGAAUACAUACGAGGUUUGAUGCCAUGCUUGCUCGUGCUACUGCAAUCAAUGCACCCACAACAAGGACCCAAGGAUGGGCUACAGCCGGAUGUUCUCAUCAUACCUUCAGAAUAGGCAUUGGGUGUUGCAUCUAGCAGCUGCCGGUCUUAUCCAUUUGAAGUUCUCUGCGCUGAAAGAUACACCCUCUGCCUCGGUGCGCCUGGCUGCAGCAUCGCAAGCAUAGUUUCAAAUAGCCGGCUAUAGCUGAGCUCUAGCCUGCUAUAGCCUUUCCCACAUGGUGCGGCUAACUGCAUUGGUCCGCUAAAAGGUGUCAAAAUCUUUAAUAUAGCCGGCUAUAGCCAGGCUAUAGCCGGGCUAUAGCUGUUUUGGGAGGCCGCGGCUAUAUCCUGUAGCCAGCUAUUUUAAACAUUGAUCGCAAGUGACACCUCCUAGUUACCUAUGCCUCCGGUCUGCUCAUGUUUCGGGUUGGUGAUUCCCUCGAUAAGCAUCUGUCAAAGUUCUC